AUGGCGGACAAUUCGUCCAGAGCGUCAUCACCUGAGCCUGGGGAAGCAACGCCAGCUCGUAGACGUCAUAUCCAGAUCAAGUCAUCAUCGUCUAGUGCCAGUCGUGGCUCUGUGGACCGCCACUUGGUCGAGACUGGUCGUUCCACGGCUUACACCAGUCAGAGCCAGCAAUGGCAUGAUAGUUCACCACCUCGCAGCCGUCUCCCACGUCCUUAUACCAGCAGAAGUGGAGGAGGACACGGCAGUUACUUUAAGCAUCAGCCUAUGAGCUACGAAGGAACAAGAGCUACAGCAUCGUACCAGAAAGAUCGAGUAUUCUCACGCUCUAGAGGACGUUCAGUCUCUCGGUCGCCCAAGUCUCCGCCACGCUCUCGAUCACGCUCCCGUUCUAGAUCGUUUUCACCUCGGGGGCAUCGUACUUUUGUCAACUGGGAACAAGGUGGACGCAGUGCGAGAACUGGACAAUACGUCUAUGGACGAGGAGGACGUGGGAAUCAAUACGAUAGUCGACAACGUGGACGAGAGCGAGACACGUGGUCGAGAGGAGGGGGAAGAGGAGGGGGACGAUACUCUAAUUAUCAACGAGGCAACCGCUUUUACCCGAAGGAAGUGCGAUACACAACGGCAGCGAUGACGCCACAUCAUAGGUCGAUAAGUCGGGAGAGAAGGAGCAAUGACGGGAGUACGUCAGUAGCACGCAGUUUUCGUGACCGACAGAUGCGAGACCGAGGUCAAGACCGUUGGGGUUAUGAGUCAGGUUAUUGUGAACGGACGAGAGAGCGUGAAUUGAGCAGCAGGUCUUUGUCGCUCGUACGGACGUCAAGCUUUGCGUCCGACUAUUUCAGAGAGAGUGAAGCGUCCGUGAGUGCGGAGGAAGGCGAAGAGAAAUCGGAGGAAAACUACAUGGCUACUAGCGAGAGGUCUUUGGAAUCGCAAACGCCAAGUGAGUCGGGCAGCAUAAACUGGGAGAUGACGAACGCUACGGAGAGCGGUACAAAGCGAAUGGUUGUCUCGAGUACCCUUGCGCUGCCACCUCGUCCAACUGCUGACAGUUCUUGGAACUCAGGAGUGUUUAAGGAGAGUGAUGGACACAGCUGCCCCACCAAUAGAAAGGCGAUUGUAAAAGAAAGGUUGUCGAGGAGAUCGGAGGGUGAAAAGUCUGACGUGAGCCAGGUUGAAUCUGCAGCUUCAUGUACAGGGUCAAUUGAGGUGGAUGAUGAAGAUGAGAAGAAAAGGAAGGAUGAUAUGUUGUACGCAGGUUGUACGAAUGCAAUUGCUAGUGAGAACGAGCAAACGCAUGUAAAACGAAUGAGCAAAGAGCUUGCCUCUGCUGCUGAAGUCCAGAUUGCCAACUUCACUGAUGCUACAACUUUUGUUUCUGAACAAGUUCAAGGCGACGAAGGUUUGCUAAAGAAGACGACGGAAGUGCCGAAAACAGAUGAUGGCGGCAUGUCCAACGCGAGCAAAUCGUUCGGUGAAGCCAAAGAUGAUGCCGGUCUCACUGCGAGAACUGAGGUGAAGGCCACUGCUCCUCUAGGUUUACCUGACGCUGCAGAGGUGCCGAACAAAGUAAUAUUGUUACAAGAAGAUUGCGUGAAGUCUUCAGACAAGUACGUUCUGGCGGAAGACAAAGUGGAAAUAUCCAGGGAGAAUCUGUCCUCUGUUUCUCAACAAUCUUCUACUUCUCCUGGUCUCAAGCAUGGUGUUGAUAGCAAGAUGGAUGAUCCGACCACAGUAGAUCCCAUUGCGCCCCAUGAUGAGGGUUUGUUAUUGGAGACAAAAGAGCAUCGCAAGAACGAGCUACUUGUAGAUAAAUUUGCUGAUGAUGAUUUUCUUGUAGUUAUAAAAGAUGGUGGGGCUGACAGGGGCGCCGUAUCAAGUAGCUCGAGCAAAGCGAAAGAUGCGGAUCAGUUAAGCUCAUGGAAACCGAUAGUUCACGCAGCAGACGUGGAGAUGACAGGUGUGGAUGCGGACGAUGGAAAGAGAUCUGGUCUAGAUGCAGUUUCUAGUGUGGCUGCUGACCAACAGGUGCUGGAUACGGAUGACCUAUCUAUCGUGUCGGCUACUAAGCCUAAGGACACUAUGAUGUCUGAAAAUAGAGAGGUUGAGGAGAGAGAGGCAAUGGCAGUGGUAACCGAUUGUAGCUUUACAAAGCUAAGCACUACGGUUGCUUAUGACAGCCUUUCCGACAUCCGCGAUAGCAAGAUAGUCACCUCGCUAAGCAGUUCGUUGGAACAAGGUCAGGGGGCGAAACGUGCUGUGAACGCUACAAUGAUGAAUACUCUACCUGACAUUGAACAUGGACGAAAGAAACGGGCUAAAGUUGAACGCAGCAGAACUGAUCCUUCGUCGGCAGCUUUUAGCAACAACAGUAAGCCUCGAUCAACGUCAUUUUCAUCGUUUGGCUUGCAAAACAGCAGUCGGUGCGACGAAAGUGCUCAUGAAGAAGAUAAGGGACUUUUCAGGGCUGAGCUAACACUCAUGUUGAGGCCGGCGCAUGAAGAAACACGAGAAUCGUAUUAUAAACAGAGGGAUGUUGCAUCAUCUCUGACCCACAAGCAUUCGCCAAAGUUUAGUGGACGCCCUGCGGUUGAUCGUCGUGCGUCUUUUUCGACGCUACCGGAACAUAGUUGUUAUGCGUCGUCCGAAGAAUCCGGUGAUGCAGGCGGUAGUAGGACUUCUCGAUCAUCCUACAGCAAGCCAUUUUUACAGCCUUAUGUUUGUUUAGAGAGCAGUGCGGAAGGGCGAAGAAGAGAUUUUCAUGAUGGCAUAAAGAAAGAAGAUGUAGUGAAAAGAGAAGUGCUGCCGACGGAGUCAGUAAGCAGCAUUAUUGACGCACAGUUAUUACCGGUAGGUGAACGAAUACUGGGAGCUGAAAACCUACCUGCAGAAGACAAAUGGAGCUCAAAAGUGCGGGAAGAGUUGCCAUCACUACCAAAUAUUCCUCUUCCCCGUGGUGGAAUUCGCGCGACUUCUUCGCCUACGGUUGUGGGAGAAGGAACGCCAACGAAACGGCACCGUCCUCGGUUAGGCUGGGGCCAAGGGCUCGUCGCUCCUUCAUCACCACCUCAGCCCGCAAAGCGGCCACGUAUUGGGUGGGGCCAGGGUUUAGUACAGCAAAAAAAUGACACGCUGCAGAGCGCUACAACUGCAUUUCUGGACGAAGGUGACACAUGUGUUAGUGACGGCAAUGCGAAGAGUGAGGAGACUAGUGCUUUGUCUCGAGACGAUGAGUACCCACCAGUUAAAGCUGAAGCAGGGAAGAUUGUUAUCAUUGACGAUUUUUAUCAGGAUGCUGUCAAGAAACUGACUUUAGAAAGGUCAACACCUGAAAAAGCAAAGUUAGUUGCUGCUGAGGGGUCCUUUGUGCUUGUAACAAGCGAAGCAGAAACAGGUGACGAUGCGAAAACAGUGAAGGGUGGCGCUAUUGGAAAAGAUAGCGUAGUUUAUGCAAAGCCAUUAAAAGAAGAAGUUCUUGCCGCGAUUGACAUACUGGACUCGGACAUUGCAGGCGUGAAGAAGCAGAUUGAGGCGCUGCAAAGAAGGAUUGCCUGUGCAGAAGAGUCAGCUUGUGUAUCAGCCGAUACUGAACUUGUGUUGGCGGAUGAACCUGUUCGUACGGCAGCCUCGUCAAAGCUGGGUGGCCCAACCGAUACUUCAUCUGCUCAACCCCUUUUGACAUCUCCCGUGAAAUUAGCGGUAGAUCCGAAAUUCGUGGAGCUGCUAGCGGGUGUGUUCUCUGAAAAUUUACGUAAAACAACCGCCGCAAACGACCGACUUCCGAAGCGAAUGGAGAAGGGUCAAGUAGCGACCAAAAUAUAUCACCAACCUAGUGACUACCCCUUUUACCAGGAUAAUAUUGAUCGUGGAUCAGCGCUUUCCAAUCAAAUGCGCCUAAAAGUGCGAAUGCGGAAUCGAGCUCGACAUGAGUACCUGAAGAAACUGGCGCGGGACUACGUGGACAUGAAGAAGUCGUGGAAAGUGGGAGUGAAAAAGAUGGAGAAGGACCGAAAACGCCAGGAGAAACUACGCCUGAAGCAGCUCCAGAAGGAAAAAUUGAAAACAAUGAGUGAAAGUGGACCCGUCCGGACCACAAAUACUAUCCACCAAAGCCCUCACGUCCAGCAGCUAGUCGCAGCUGAAAAGGCAGCUGAAGCUGCUGGCGAAGGCACAAUUGUGCGAACUUCGUCUCGUUUGACGAACAAUUCUAGUGCUGACUUGGAUAACAACGAUUUGGAGAAAAUUGAGCAGGCUAAGACGCAGGCUCUCAUUGACCAGGAAGUUCGAAAAAAACGAUUAAAAAACGCGUUAUCAACUGCAAUUCCAGACAUGCUGAUCACCGCUGAAGAUCGACAACAACGUUACUUCACACGAUUUGCCAAUUGUCAAAGCUGUAUGGCUGAUGGGCUAGUAACGGACUGGAAACUGAAGGAAAGGGCAGAGAUGAAAGUGAACCCGUGGAACGACUUAGAGAAGUGCAUAUAUGUGGACAAGUUCCUGCAAUUCCCGAAAAAUUUUCCGCAAAUUUCUUUGUUCUUGAGCAAUAAGACUACUGGAGAUGUGAUCGCGUUCUAUUAUCGAACUAAAAAAGUGGCCGACUACAAAGCGCUGCUCCGAGAGCAGCAACUAAGGCGUCGCGGAGCAGGAUCGAAGAAUACCUGGAGUUGCUGGAACCUGUCUGCGUGUGCAGCAAUUUGCCUUGGCGUUCAAUUUCCAGAGCACGUCGCAAAGCUGUUGUUGCACCCUUCGAACUUUCGCUCACACCAGGCUUCUGAUAAUAUUCUUAAUUCAGCGGGCGCUCAGCGUCUUUUGCGUGGCUCUAAAGCAAAAGUAGAGGGAAACCGUAAAACGACUAACAGCAACGCCGUAAGCAGCUCUGGUGCUGUUGUUGCUGCUGCUGCCGCUGAAGGUUUGUCUGCAUUGGAUUUGGUGUCUAGAACAAACCACACAUCAUCUGUCCGAUCGUCAGUGGAAGUACAGCUUGACAAUGUUAUUAAUUCGGGAGAUUCAGAUACUUCGGACGAGGAGAAAUUUACCUUGUACACCCAGCAGCUGGAACAGUUCAUUGCAGGACAGCAGCGGCCAUUCCUAUUGGAUUAUGCAUCACUACUCACUGAUAACUCGUACAGCACGGGCUACGAAGUGUCGACCCAUUCAGUAGAAGAACGGUUGAAGAAGUAUCCAACUCCGAGCAAGGAGCUUGAGUCUGCUAUUGAUGCGGUAGCGGAAAUGAGUUCUGCUGGUGCGUCUGAAGAAGCUACGAAGAGCAAACAACAGAGUUUGGCAGCCGGAUCACAGGGAAACCUCAAAAAUUGCUGUACGCAUACGAUGAAGGAGUCAAAACAGCAUCGAAAAAUGAAGAAGACGCAGGAGGGAGAUGCUACGCUAACAGGUGCAACAAUUACGUUAGCUUCCUCACAAGCAGUUGGAGGUGCAGGUGGAGAAAAAAGUGGGAGUCAUAAUAGAAAGAAAAACGCUGCAAGUUCUUCGUCAGCGCCAGGUACUCCUGGAAGUAAUCGCGGUCCCCCUCGUAUUUCAAUUCCAGAAGAAAAAGCUGGUCAAAGCGUCAAGAAAUUGAGUCGAAGCGGCGGCGGCACUCCAGGUGUACGCCGGACCAAUUCUUCGCAGUCACAUCUCACGAAUGCGUCUCCUAAGUCGAGUGCAGUGUCAGCAGGGACAUCAGAUCUUUCGACUACAGCUCUUACUGGAGGGACAGUAAAAAAGGUAUCUGGUGGGAGUAUUACGCCUCAUGCUAAUGCAAGGACAUCUUCCCCAUCAGCAAAUGCUGCAGCUGGAGGGAAUAAUGCGAAUGCAGCAGUUCCUGCGAAGCGAGUGGUGCAGAAGUGGACCGAAGGAGAGAAGGCAGAUUUUCUGAAGUUUUUUUCGCAAUAUGGAAAAGAUUGGACGACUCUUACUGAAAAUAUUCCUACAAAGACCGCUGCUCAGAUCAAGAACUAUUAUCAAAACUACAAGAAUCGGUUGAAUUUGCAAGAUAUUUUGAAGCGCCGGAUCGAGAACGCGGUAGUCGGUGGAUGCGUAGACGGCAAAGGUGUAUCGCAUAUAGUACCUACAUCAGCAGCCACGAGUGGUACUAUCGUUGCAUCCCCUAGGUCCGCUGCCGCUGGCUUAAUGAGCGGGACGUUGCGACAAAUGGGCCGUUCAGUUGAGCUCCCCGGAGGCCUCUCAGUGGGAAUGCCGGAUGGAUCAAUGGCAAUGAGUGCGAGUGAUGUGAGCAUGUCUUUCCAAGCUGCUUUAAGCGCAGCCCAGCCAGGGAUGCACGGCGUGAAUGGCUUGUCAGAGCUAUCAACCAAUCAGUUCGUUAUGCAGGCCCAUCAGGACCAACAACAGCAGCAGCAAUCUCGCGAAACGAUGAAUCCGGCAUCCAACUCGGAGCGUUACUUAAAGCUGCUGAAUAUGCAACAUCAAUUGCAGAUUAUGCAGUUUCAACAACAACAGAAGUCGCAGGGAAUGGCGUCGGAAUGUGGGGGAGCAGAAAGCAACAAUUCAUAUCACGAAAGUAAAAUGCAAACAGUGAAUGCGCAGCGGCUGUAUCAAUUUUCUCGUCAGCAACAGCAUCAAGUGCCCCCGCAGCAUUUAUCGAUGCAAGCUCUGCAGCAAAUGGGUCUGCAGGCUCAGUUUCAAAACCCGGUGCACACCCGAAUGAUACCACUUCCGAUGCAGCAACAGCAGAUGGGACAUCAGAGUGCUUUGUAUCAGCCCAUAGGACAUCUUCAAGCUCAGCACCCUCAAGUGAUAGCUGCGGGGGUGCAAAUGAACUUGUCCUCAACAAGUACCCAGCACACAAGUGCAGCGGUGGAUGGAGGAAGUGGAUUGAUAAGGGGUAACGCUGGGAGCUCGUCGGGUGUGAUAGGACAUCACGAUGCCGUUCAACGUUCAAUGAUGAAUAUUGCAAUAAUGAAAAACGGGGCUGGGGGGAAUGGUAGUGCGAUGCUUCAAGGUGCUGUCUCCAGUAGCCCAUGCCAGCCCAUGGUCCCGUCUCGCUCAAUGGCGAUGGAAACAAGCAGACCACAAGAUAUGGAGUCAAGGCAGCCUGCGUGGCACUCAGCUCUGUCAUCGACCCCUACGAAUGCUGCCGCCAGUGCAGGGUUUACAAGUGAGGACACUUUAGCCACCGCAUCUACAACACAAGACAAUGCAUUGAAUGGCCGAGAUGACUUUGCACCACCUCAUGUGCAGCCUGUUUGUAGCCGGAUGUCGUUCUCAUCCAUUCUAAACGAGUCAGAAUCGCCGCGGGAUGACUUCACUCCCAGAGGAAAUGGGUCGAUGGUGAUUCGGAAGCAGGAAUCACCUCGCAUGUCUGAACAACAGUGCCGACAACAGCAAGGGCAACUACAGCGAGACCAGCAACAGCAGCUGAUGCAACAGCGACAUCAGCCACCACUUCACCUUGAGCAUGCGCGCGCGAUUCCUCCUUCUGCUGAAUUAUCCCGAUCUCCAGUUUCUGCUCCGAGUCCGACCGCUCACCUGUUGCCAAGACGAUCUUCCGUGCCAACUCCGCACAAUAGGAUGGGCUUGAUGUCGAGCCUACUGAAUGUACCGUCACCUGAACGCAGGACGUCAACACCCGGACACCAGUCUCCCUUGAUCCAUCAACAGCAGCGUAUGCAGCGCCAAACGCAGCCAGCUCGCUAUUACGAUGCAAGUAGGGCAGACAGUGCAGGUAUAGCGUCGCGUAGCGCUAUUGCAUCGAUAGUAAGCGGUAUGCCAUCGUCGUCAACGAUGUCAUCCACGAUGGCGCGUACAAAUUCAAGCGAGAUAAUGACGUCGAGUGCGUCAAACAUGGAUUCAACGUACUCAAACAAUACAUCGGCUGUGGCGCUGUCACGUAGUGGCUCAGCGUCUUCCACUUCGUCAGUUGUCUCAAAUGCGCCACCCCAAGGAGACUUGCGUGCCCAACAGCAGAUGUGGAACUACGCACCGCAGAUCCGCUUUGAAGAAGCUGAAUUGCUGCGACGAGCUCAACGCGCGGAGGAAGAAGCUGCUCGAGCAGCAGCUGCCGCUGCUGCUGCUGCCCGUGCUCUUCAAGAAGCACAGCAAGCACGGCAGCAAGCUCUGGACAUGGCAGCAAACAUGGCACGCUACAACAGUGCGAUGCAACAACAGCAGCAAACCCAGCAGCAGCAAGCUCAACAGCAACAAGCUCAGCAGCAACAAGCUCAACACCAACAAGCUCAACACCAACAAGCUCAACAGCAACAAGCUCAACAGCAGCAAGCUCAACAGCAGCAAGCUCAACAGCAGCAAGCUCAACAGCAGCAAGCUCAACAGCAGCAAGCUCAACAGCAGCAAGCUCAACAGCAGCAAGCUCAACAGCAACAAGCUCAACAGCAGCAAGCUCAGCAGCAACAAGCUCAACAGCAACAAGCUCAACAGCAACAAAUUCAGCAGCAAGCUCAACAACAAGCUCAGCAACAACAGGCUCACCAGCAGCAGCAAUAUCAGCAACUCCAGCAGUAUCAGUUUCAAGGGCAUCACCAUCAGCAAAUGCACCAACAGCAGCAGCAGCAUCAUGAUUACCAGCAGCAGCACCAAGCUCAGCAGCUUCACCAGCAUCAGAUGCAGCAGCAUCAAGCACUCCAUCACCACUUGCAGCUAAUGCAACAGCAGCAGCAACGAUCUACUGCGUCGCCCAGCGACCGUAUUCUCCAGCAGCAACAACAGCCUCCUCAACGGGGGCCGCAGGCGGAUCGGUAG